AUGGAAGACGCACACUCAUACUUCUAUGAUUUCGCGGGGGUCGAAGGGCAAGGUUUUUUUGCCAUUUUCGACGGCCAUGCUGGGAAACAGGCUGCCGAAUGGUGUGGAAAUCAUUUUCACAAGGCUCUCAUAGUGAGAUAA